GCGAGGCUCGGGGAGCCAGGAAGCCCCGCGAGUCGCUGGGGGAAGCGGGGCAGAGGCUGGACGCGCCGGAGCUCGGAGCGCAGGAGCCGCAGGUCGGAGCCGGCGGACCGGAGCCCGCGGACCGGAGCCCGCGGAUCGGAGCCCCGGCCUGCAGGGUGGAAGCGUGUGAGGGAGGCCUCUGUUCCUGCAGGAGAGGACCAUGGCCUUCAUGUUGCUCCGCCGGCGGCUGCCCUGCACCUUCCAACACAACUACCGCCUGCUCGCACCCAGCUCCAGACACAUCAGUCAGGCCGCAGCCAAAGUUGAUGUUGAAUUUGACUAUGAUGGGCCCCUGAUGAAGACAGAAGUCCCAGGGCCUAAAUCUCGGGAGUUAAUGAAACAGCUGAAUAUAAUUCAGAAUGCAGAGGCUGUACACUUUUUCUGCAAUUAUGAAGAGAGCCGAGGCAAUUACCUGGUUGACGUGGAUGGGAACCGGAUGUUGGACCUUUACUCCCAGAUCUCCUCUGUCCCCAUAGGCUACAGCCACCCUGCUCUCCUGAAACUGGUUCAACAGCCUCAAAACGCGAGCACGUUCAUCAACAGACCUGCCCUGGGCAUCCUUCCUCCGGAGAACUUCGUGGAGAAGCUGCGGGAGUCCUUGCUCUCUGUGGCUCCCAAAGGGAUGUCCCAGCUCAUCACCAUGUCCUGCGGCUCCUGCUCCAAUGAAAAUGCCUUUAAGACGAUCUUCAUGUGGUAUCGGAACAAGGAAAGGGGUCAAACGGGUUUCUCCAAAGAGGAGCUGGAGACGUGCAUGAUCAACCAGGCCCCCGGCUGCCCCGAGUACAGCAUCCUCUCCUUCAUGGGCGCGUUCCACGGGAGGACCAUGGGAUGCUUAGCGACCACACACUCCAAAGCAAUUCAUAAGAUCGACAUCCCUUCCUUCGACUGGCCCAUCGCUCCAUUCCCACGGCUGAAAUACCCUCUGGAAGAGUUUGUGAAAGAGAACCAGCAAGAAGAAGCCCGCUGCCUGGAAGAGGUGGAGGAUCUGAUUGUGAAAUAUCGGAAAAAGAAGAAGACAGUGGCCGGGAUCAUCGUGGAGCCCAUCCAGUCUGAGGGCGGAGACAACCACGCGUCCGACGACUUCUUCCGGAAGCUGAGAGACAUCUCCAGGAAGCACGGCUGUGCCUUCUUGGUGGAUGAGGUCCAGACAGGAGGCGGCUGCACCGGCAAGUUCUGGGCCCAUGAGCACUGGGGCUUGGCUGACCCGGCGGAUGUGAUGACCUUCAGCAAGAAGAUGAUGACCGGGGGCUUCUUCCACAAGGAGGAGUUCAGGCCCAAUGCCCCCUACCGGAUCUUUAACACCUGGCUGGGGGACCCGUCCAAGAACCUGCUGCUGGCCGAGGUCAUCAACAUCAUCAAGCGGGAGGACCUGCUGAAUAACGCAGCCCAUGCCGGGAAGGCCCUGCUGACGGGGCUGCUGGACCUGCAGGCCCGGUACCCCCAGUUCAUCAGCAGAGUGAGAGGACGAGGCACCUUCUGCUCCUUCGACACUCCCGAUGAAACCAUUCGGAAUAAACUCAUUCUAAUGGCCAGAAACAAAGGCGUGGUGUUGGGAGGCUGCGGGGACAAAUCCAUUCGAUUCCGCCCCACUCUGGUCUUCAGGGAUCACCACGCACACCUGUUCCUCAAUAUUUUCAGCGACAUCUUAGCAGACUUCAAGUAAAGAAGCCAUUUCCACUACGCAAUGAGAAAGCCCCGAUCUCAACUGUUGUCAAAUUGAUUAGUUUGCCUAAUUCAUGUCUUCACUUAAAGUAUCAGAGGCGAAUGUGUAAACUGAAGGGUUCUUGGUGGGGAGGGGAUGUUCGUGGUGGCUUGGGGGGGUGGGGGCGGGCGGGAGGGGCUGGUUUUGAUUUUCCUCCCUGCAGAGCCAGUGAUGCACGUUGGUCUAACCCCAGAAAUUCUUGCGUGAGCCCUGGACGUCGUCUUAGGCAGGGGCCGUGAGGGUCCUGUGGCCACAGAUUUGCCGGCCUUGACCCCCCACGGUUUCUUUGGAAGCCAGGCAAGGGAAUGACAGCUGCUCCUGGGACUGGGGGCUGGGACCUGUGGGUUCCAGUCCCCCUCAAGUGCCAUAUUCUGUGAUGGAGGAUGCUGGCCCCCCUCACCCUAUGCAGACAGAUGUGCUGUCCCCUGCCCGCCUGGCCUUGGAGCCCUGAGCAGGUCCCAUGCACAGUUCAGUGAAGGACAGGUCAGAUGGCACGCAGGCAGGACAGCAAGGACAGCAGGCUUGAGCUUGCAGUGUGGGGAGGGGCCUGGGCGGCUCUGCUCCGUGCAGCUGGGGAUCCUCUAAACUGUGAAUUCUGUCCUGGGCGGGGCUUUGCCUCAGAGCAUCUCCGGGUGCCAUCGGUGGCACUUCUUACCACCCUCCGUUCCCCAAACUCUGUCCCCUCUGUGACCUGUCAUCCCAGGCCUCGGGGUGGGGGGCACAGCCUGAGCAUCCACAGGGACACGCAGGAGCCAAAAGGUCGGAAGCACAAGCCAGUCGCCCGGAGCGGAAGCCCAGGGCCUGGGGCAGCAGGGCCACCUCCUCCUGCAUCCCCGGGCAUCUGGGGUCUGAUUUGUGGACCCCACGCCUGGGGGCUCUGUCUCUAACUUCUCCUCCACCUCUGCUCCACCUGUGAGCAGCCCCGCAGGAUGGCAAAGCUGUGCGCAGCUCCUCCAUCGCAGGGAAUCCGCCUCUGAACUAGAUUUCUUCUCGAGGGAAGCACUGUGCGUGCAGGCGCCAGAGCUCCACGCAGAAUAAAGAUCGCCUGUUGGUCCAAGGUAGUCUCCUUGUACUUGCCACCCCGGGUGAGAGGUCUUCCCGACGUAAAGGGUACGUAGAUUACCAGGCAGAUGAGGGCUACGUGCUUAGUUGGACUGGUGCUGAGGCUAAGGGGCCUCUUGUGGAGGCAAGACAUUCCUGGAACCGAGGUGACCCCAGGCGCUCCUAAAAAGAGCAUCUGGUUGUUCCACAGCAAUGGACUGGUGUUGGGUGGGCAGACUUGGGAAGCCUGGCUGCUCUCCCCGCCCGAUAGGAAGCGCUCCAUCUCCAGGUGCGUGGCCGGCCGCCUCGGGGGUGGACAUACCAAGUUUUUCAGUCCAGUACUUUGCUCUCCUAAUAACUAAUCAUUCAAAGACCUCAAGCUGGUGGUGGUUAUGUCGUUGUCUCUCUUUUCUGCUUCCACCCUCCAGCAGACUCGGUCAUUGACCUAUUUCUGUAGAGAAUGAAAGGCACCGGCAUGUCUAAUAGGCACGGUCAGAGCCAUGGGCUGUGUGCGCUGUGCAUCUCGCAGUCCACGCUAGCCGUUGCUGUUAAGAAGGACUCUGGUCUUGGGCAAGGCUGUCCGGGCGCGCUGUCCCCCUCUCUGUGCACGGUGUCGCUCGUUCAUAUACCCAUCCGUUUACUCUCACUCCUUCAUGGAACUUUCGUCAAGCCCCUGCUCCACCCCGGGCCCAGGGCUAAGUACUAGGAGUACAAGGGGAAACGCAGCAUAGUCCCUGCUCUCAAGGGACUCCCGUGUCACUGGGGAUGACAGACCCUUAAGCCAGCAAUCAAAGCCGAGCAGCAAGUGCUGUAACAGACGCGGGGGAAGACGGGGAAAUCAGACGGAGCGCCAGUCAGGGUCAGGAGGCUUCGGGGAGACAGUAGCACUUGAGCAGGCUUUUUUGUAGAAUGAGCAAGAGUUCUCCAAGCAGACGAGGCAAGGAGGAGGCGGAGGAGUGUCGCAGAGACAGGAACAGCACGUUCACAGACACAUCAGUCCACGGUCUCCCACCUUUCACUGGGGUUCCAGAUCCCACAGGCAAUAUCCCAAGAUUCCAGGGCCUUAUUCAACAAACAAGCCAGAUGCAAACCAAACCAUAAUUCAUUUAUUGGCAUAAGUAUGCUUUCUCUGGAGAACCCUAGCGCUGGAUGCAGACGCUCGGUUAAAGGUUCCCAGAGUCUGACAGGUUUGCAAGCCGGGCCGCAACCAGAAACUCCGCUCUCUUUGGUGGAGGGAGUGGGCUAUACAUAUUUUGUUCUCUCCCACGGGGCCAGCGUAGAGGAAUGACAUCCUUUCACCUGGAAAGUCAUUUCCAGACUUACUCCUUACCAAGGGAAGUUACUUCUCGUGAAACUUUUUAAGCCAUUUAUCAACACGCUCUCGUUGGCUCAGGGCAUAACAGGAGUUCCCGAGGCAUCCUCUCUUGGGGGGUGGGGGUCAAGCUGGAAGAACUUCAAGGCAAAGAACUCUCGGCCCGCCGGGCUCAAGCCUGUAGGGGGAGAGGUGGGUGAGGCGGGGAGCCCAGCCGACAGCUUGCCGCCUGGGGCGGGGCCCGCGGAGAGCUUCUGUGGCCGACGGUCUGGGAACGGAAUCCAUCUCCAUCCGUGCCAUAGACUUCAGUAACUAUCUCUAGCAAGUCUUGUCACUUUUCCAGAAAACAAGGUCCUGUAAUAGCAAGUCUUAGCACAUCCUCACUUUUAUUAUAAAUGGGUGUUUUUUUUAUAAUUUUUACUGACACUCAGUAACCAUGCAAAAUUGUGCACUACAUUAAUAUACCUGUAUAUCUGUACCUAUCUCUACACACACACACACACACACACACACACACACACACACACACAUCAGUUCAUGGUAGAGAACCACAGCUAGGGAGUACCGCCGACUUACGCAUUCAAAGUGAACUUGUUUACAGUAUUCUGGUGACAGUGCCAAUACAUGAUAAAGAAAUUAACAUGUCACAAUGUAACUGAUGACCAUACGCACAAUUCCGUGAAUUAAAUCUGUUUCCUGUGUUAA